AUGGUCUACGUACUAAUGUUGAUGAAGGCGUUGUCUAUCCCCUACGUAGCCGUUCUUGGCGCUUCCAUUGGCGUCUGCACUCGAGAGCCGCCCUACUACAUAGUGGCGGAGUACAUGCCCCAUGGAAACCUGCUGAAUUACCUGCGCCAACGGAGUCCAGGAGAACUCACCCCACCCAUUCUCCUCUACAUGGCUGUUCAAAUCGCCUCCGGCAUGGCCUAUCUGGAAGCCAACAACUUUAUUCACCGGUCAGUGAUUCUUUUUGAUAGUAUUUGUGUGGUUGUUCUUACCGUCUUAUCAAUGACGCCUUCAUUUCGUUUGCUGGAGCUUACCACGGGAGUGAAGUGCGGCUUCAAAUUUGGUAGUCAAAUGAGGACAUUUGGGAGGUUUUUGGGUCAUUCUCAAUUCUCGUUAUGA